CUUGUCGACUAGCUGUUCAGGUGCAAGGAUACCUUGAUUCAAAUAUUUCAUUCAAAAUUCAGCGUUGAAGUAGAAGAAGAAUGAUGACCACCAUGCGCAUGCAAUACCAAUAUACCUGAAAACAAGAGAUGAGUGCUACCCUGCUCGUCCGACAGAAUUGCUUUUGGUCCAGAAUGAGGCUCACAUGAUCGUUGGAUAUCGUUGCAUCGAGGAAGGUUCUAAGUCAGAAAAUUCCGUAAGUGAGUAAGGUGCACGUGGAUCCGUCUUUAAACCCACUAGUAGUAGUUGAAGAAAAAAAUCAGUCUUUAAACCCACUACCAGACGGAACGCGCUUCUUGUGUCAUUAUAACUGACUCGCAGUGAUUAUUCCGAUCGGAUGGACGAGUCAGUUCUUCAUUAACCUAUUAUCGUGGAAUGUGGUUUUGAAUAUCGCCAAUGAAUAGGAUGAAGCCUUCUUCAAUCAAUUUUCAGAAUUAGCACUCAAGAGGAUGAUCGCCUUACCACCUCCCCUCGGAGCUAUAGGGGGCUCUGCUAGCUCCACACGCGCGAUCGCCGAUCAAGAUGGAUCUACUUCUGGAGGACAAGAAAAAUUGCGAAAAGACGAGCGAUAUAAAAACGGAUCCAACUCGACGACAGAAACCCUCCUAUACCCUCCAAUCGACGAGUCAGAGGAGGAGCUUGUACUCCUAGAGGUUCCCGAAUUCAAUGAAACGGAGUUUCGCGCAGACAGUCUACGACUCGAUUUGGAGAAGAAUUUACUACACUUCGACGACCGAAUAUCGUUGGAUGCAGUGGAGACCGUGAGUCCUUAUAGUCUUCUCUGCUUUGGGACGCAGGGAUUCGAUCUCAGUUCUAGACCGGAGAACAGGUGGUCAAAUCUGCAGACAAGGACAGGAACUCACGACAUUUGGGCGAGGGAACCACCUGCAUCGUCUAGUAGUGGAGCGACGGCGGCGUCGGCGAACAAUACGACGAACGAUACAUCAGCAGGUGCUGGAAGUUCUUCUUCUAGUUGUAAACCAGCAGAAGCAGGUCGUGCAGCAGCUCCAAUAGCGCUAGGGCCAGGACCCCCAUCAGGUCGUGGGGGAGCUGGAGCAGCGGAGCCUGGACCUAAGGUUGAUCCACCUACGGGUAACACAGGAGAAGGAGGAGACCCUCAAGCGCCUCCUUCAACUGGUAAAACGAAUUUUGUAGGCAUUGUGAGAAGAAUAAUCAAAGCAAGAACAAUGCGCUACAACCCUGAUAAAGAUGUGCUGGUUAAGGAUGGCUUUUAACCAAGGAAGUACUAGAUGUAGAUCUGAAAGAUGAUGGAACCAAACGUAUUUUAUAGCAAAAUCAGAUG